CACGUCGCGAGCGCAAAGUUGACGAGCACCGCGACGAUGGGAUCAGAGAAGAACUCGGCUAACGGUCGAUUCCGAAAAUCAUGGGAAAAAGCCGUCGUAACGCCUGCAAAAUCGUUUCCCUCGUCCAGUUUUUAGUUUUAAGUUAGAAUUCCAACCUUCGCUUUGAACCCGGCGCUCGUUGGUUCUCUUGAAAUCGCAACAGACAAACGGAAAAUAAACCUCACCGGCAGCGAGUAUUUGGCGGGAGAAUGAAGCAGACGACGGGGAGAAAAGUUGGCCUGAAAUUCUGUGCCGCGAAAUUGAAAGAAGGAGGAUUGAGAUUGAAGUGAAAGACGAAGAAGCCGGGCAGAAUAAAACGUAAACAAACAAACGAGCAGGAUAAACCGCGUUUGAUUUACGCGUACGAUGUCCGCGGAGCUUUCGUUGAGCGUUCGAAAACUUUGAUAAGCUAAUCACUGACUGACUGAUUAAUCAAUCGGUCGAUUGAUCCGAGUGAGGAUUGUAGAAUAAGAUGAGCCGAGCGAACAGCCACUAACGAUGCUCAGUCCAAAGAUGCAACGGACCGUGAGGGUGAACGAUGCCCAGCUGGUGAUGUUGUCGGAGAGGGCACAUUUCGACCACUCGCUUGCCGGACACCUUCAUAAGCGCACCGCCGAUUCCGCCAAAUGGCAGCUGCGAUGGUUCGUCCUUUAUCAGAAUCUCCUCUUCUACUACGAAAGCGAAAGCUGCUCACGACCCAGCGGCGUCGUUCUGCUCGAAGGAUGUUACUGCGAACGUCUCAUCACAGCCAAAGGAAAGGAACCGGAUAAACAGCACUGUUUCGCAAUCUCGUACCGUCGGGAAAAUCAGCGUCAAUACGAGCUUCGGGCAGCGACGGAAACGGAUUGCCGUUUGUGGAUCGACGCCAUCCGAGAAGCAAGCUUCAACAAGCUGCUUUUGCAAAAGGAGGAACUCGAACAAAAGCAUCUACACCUGCUGCAGAUCGUCGAGAGCGAGAAAACUGCGAAGUGGCAAUACACUCAGCAGUGCGAGGAGCUAGCUUCGGAGAUCAAGAAGCUGAGGGCUGAGAUAUGCACGAUGAAGAGGGAGUUUCGCCCGGCGACAGUCGCAGCUCCGAGUUAUAUCGGGUCCAGCGAAAUUGGCGCGGGACUUCGAGCCCUCGCAGGAUGCGGAAGUGGUGUCGGAGAGUCAGGGCCGGCUGCUUCCGGGGGCGCAUCGGGCUCCGGGGGCGACCCAAGAGGCGGUGAAGCUUCGGAGGAAUCUGUUGAAGUACGGAAGAUCCUGAAGGUUCAGAGCUUCUUCAGGGGUUGGCUUUGCCGCAGGAGGUGGAAGCAGAUCGUCGAACAGUAUAUAAAGAGUCCCCACGCGGAAAGCAUGCGGAAAAGAAACAGCCUGGUAUUCCAAAUGGUCGAAGCUGAGGAAGAAUACAUGGAACAAAUGGAGGCAUUAGUCAGCUGCUUUUUGCGGCCGUUCAAAAUGGCCGCAAGCUCCAAGAAGCCACCGUGCAGCCACGAAGACGUCAAUAGCAUCUUCCUGAACAGCGAGACCGUCCUCUUCCUCCAUCAGAUAUUCCUCAAGGGUCUCACCUCUCGAAUGGAGAGUUGGCCCACCCUCGUCUUAGGGGAUUUGUUCAACAUGCUGCUACCCAUGCUGUCCAUCUAUCAAGAGUACGUUCGCAAUCAUCACUACAGUCUGCAGGUUCUCACCGAAUGCAAACAGUCGUCGCCCUCCUUUGCAGCUCUCCUUGCGAGACUGGAGAACAAACCGUCCUGCCACGGUCGAUCCCUCGAAACUUUUCUCACCUACCCGAUGCAUCAGAUUCCGAGGUACAUCAUCACGCUGCACGAGUUACUGGCUCACACGCCCCACGAUCACGUGGAGCGAAAAAGUUUGCAGAAUGCUAGACAACAGCUGGAGGAUUUAUCGCGUCAGAUGCAUGACGAGGUGAGCGAGACUGAGAAUCUGCGCAAGAACUUGGCAGUGGAAAGAAUGAUCGUCGAAGGUUGCGAUAUUCUGCUGGACGUCAAUCAGGUUUUCGUUAGACAGGGCUCUUUGGUCCAGAUCCUUGGCGAAAAGCCACGUGGGGCACGAAGCAGACUGAGCACGACCUUCGGAGGGAAUUGGGGUGGCGGCGACAAGGAGGCUCUCAGACAGUGUUUCCUGUUCUCGAAUCACCUGAUCCUCACCACGCGCCAGUCCAGCGGCGGACGUCUGCAUCUCGUACCUGAAGUCGGCAAGAUUCCUCUCGCCGAUGCUCUUCUCAUAGAGGACCCGAGCGACCAGGGUGUCGUCGACGAUGACGAGUCGUCGGUGUGUUCGAUCUCGAGCCUAUCCAGUGGCAUCAGUGAGAGUAGCUGCAGCGGCAGCGGAAGCGGUAGCUCACAGCUCCAAACUCGGGACUUCAAGAUCAUUCUCGACGUAAAAUCCGGUGGACCGGAGGUUUCGGUUCACCUGAUAGCGCCUACUAUGCAGGAAAAGGCCGCCUGGAUAACGGACAUCAGCCAAUGCAUGGAUAACGUCCAUUUCAAUGACCUUCUCCACGGCUCGUUGUCGGACACAAGUUCCGUCACGAUGCCGCAGUCGAUACGAAACGACCCGAAGCUCUUUAAGGACGACGUUGACAUCCGGUUUAGCCGGACCCUCAACUCCUGCAAGGUUCCUCAGAUACGGUACGCCACUCCAGAGCGUCUUCUGCAACGGCUAACCGACCUCAGGUUCCUCAGCAUCGAUUUUCUUAACACCUUCCUCCUCACCUAUCGCGUCUUCACCGACGGCGUCACUGUCCUCGAGGCCCUGAAGAAGGUCUUCUACAACAGUGAGCCACCUGAAUGUCAGCUUGGAACCGGAUCCGUAAUGUCCCUGGAUGUUCUGGGCAGUACCUCGGGAGACUCGCCACUUCAGCCUCUCGACGAACGUCGGCGAAACAGCGUCAGCCCAAGACGCACAAGCGGUGCAAGCUCAGUUUCUGGGUACGGGUCUGAGGUGAGCGAUAGCCAAGGGGCACGGGGCCACACCUUCCACGAUUCCAACCUAGGAGGCCUUAAUUCCAACACAAAGGCCCACUGGCGGUCUGGCUACCGAAAGCUCGAAGACGACCAACACUUGGGACUCAUCUCGGAAGCUCCACCGAUCAUCAGGCGCAGUCCCACCCUGCAGUCCCCUGGACCUUCGUCCGGCAGGCAAUCCCCGGCAACCCCACGCAGGGUCAGCGUACGCGUGGAUACCAGUUCCGAGGACGACAGGAGUCACCUAACAAUUCCGAAAGUCAUCGCUGUCUCGUCCAGUGCAGAGACCCUCACAGACAUCACGGUGAUAAGCGCACCAUCUUCCCCGAGUAACCUUAGUUCCGUUACUCUUGUGGGAUCAACGGGGUCAGGAUCUGGUUCAGGUUCGGACCCAAGUUCCCACGAGGGUGGUAUGUACUCUCGGGGAGUGUCAGAGGAGACGGACACUCCGGUGGCAUCGGAGUCAUGCUCAAAGGAUGAGGUACAAUUCACCUAUGACGAUCCUCCGCCACCAUCGCCGAAGACAUCAGUUCGCUCUGAGUGUCCCUCAAAAUCGCCAAAAUCUCCGAGAGGCAGGCGGUUCUGCUUGGAAAAAGACGACUCGAGCUUGGCUGACGAAGAGUCGACCCCUCCGGCUGAUCUUUACCAACACCACUGUCAGCAUAACAAUCAUCACAAUCACCACAAUCAUCACUACUCGGAACACCGGGCGUCGAUCGCCUCCGCACCUCCGGCAUCGAUGCGCAGUGGAUCUAUUUCGACGAUUACAGGGAAUUAUCUCAUGGGGAGGCGAUCGAUACAGGAUAACGAAAUGGGCUCCGGAUCCCAGAGGCCGAGUUUCCAGCACGACAGUCAGCAGAUUUCGAGCAAGGCGGGAGUUGUGAUUACUAGUUUUCGCAAGAGCCAACGAAGCAUCGGACACGAACCUUUGUGGAGCAGCACUUCAACGGCGGCCGCGGCCUUCGCGAUCGCGACUUCAGCGUCAAGCAACCCCCCUGAUAAGGCGCCGGGACGCUGUAGCGUCGGUGACGUCAGCGUCAGAAGCGGGUCCUGCCGCGAGACGAACCGACGUAAGGAGUCCGUUAUGUCAACGGCGGCGACGAUGCGCGUCCUCAACGUCCUCAGGCACUGGGUUUCCAAGCACGCUCAGGACUUCGAGCUCGACCAGCGACUCAAGGACUUGACCAUCGAGUUCCUCGAUGACAUUACUUACAGCCCAAACCUUCUGCCCGCCGAGCACAAGGCUGCCAGUCAACUACUCAGGCUCAUCACCAAGGAGGAACCCGAGAGUAGCAAAGUCAAUUUGGAGAAGCUGCUCGCACCACCGAAGAGACCAAGUGAAGAGAGUAUCGAGACCUUGUCAGCGCUGGAAAUAGCCGAACAGAUGACGUACCUGGACCAUCAGAUCUUCGUCGCGAUUGCAAGCGAGGAAUUCUUGGGCCAGGCUUGGAUGAAGACUGACAAAGCGUCGCGGGCACCGCACAUCAUCCUUAUGACCAGACGGUUCAACAAAUUCUCCCAGCUUGUCGUGUCCGAGAUCAUUCGGCGGUCCAGCAUGGCCUCCAGGGUUGCGGCCAUUGAAAAAUGGGCUGCUGUUGCCGACAUUAGCAGGGUACUUCACAAUUACAAUGGAGUCCUUCAGAUAUGCGCAGCGUUCACAAGCAGCAGUGUUUAUAGGCUCAAGAAGACCUGGGAGAAGGUCUCAAAGACGACAAAGCAAACGAUCGAACGACUUCAGGCCAUCGUCUCUUCGGACGGUCGAUUCAGAAACCUUCGGGAUGCCUUGCAUCGUUGCGAUCCACCCUGCAUCCCUUACUUGGGCCUUUACUUGACUGAUCUAUCCUUCAUCGAGGAGGGAACACCGAACUUCACUGAGGACGGUCUCCUGAAUUUCUCGAAGAUGCGACUGAUUGCUCACGUUAUCCGGGAGAUCCGACACUUCCAGCAGACGCCGUACAAGAUCGAGCUGAUCACGAAGGUGACCAACUACCUGUUGGACCCGUCUUUGCUUCUUGAAGAGGAGGAGAUGUAUCGAAUGUCUCUUGAGAUCGAGCCCCGCACCUCAAGGCUCAGCAGCUCCACCUUCGUCGGGCUCCCAUCGUCUCUAAGCCAGACCCCGCCAAAGAAUUAAUUCGGCUUCAACCAGCCCUCGGCAUUCCAUUCUCUAUUUACCUCUCGUUAUCACUAUUAUCUGCUAAUUCGUCCUGCACUUUUAUUCUAGAUUCAACGUGUCGACGGUUCUCGAAGUGGGAGAAUCAGGAGCCACGAUAGAAACAAUAUAUAUUACACACAAUAGGUACAAUGUGUAUUUUCUCAGGAC